GCUGGUGGUGCCGGAGUUCAUGAUACGGUUGUUAAUCAGCUAUUAACAAAAAUGGAUGGUGUCGAGCAACUGAAUAAUGUCCUGGUGAUUGGAAUGACCAAUCGAAGAGACAUGAUCGAUGAGGCUUUACUCCGUCCCGGGCGAUUUGAGAUGCAAAUGGAAAUCUCUCUUCCGGAUGAAGAUGGACGUCUACAAAUCCUGGAGAUUCAUACGGCCAAAAUGCGUCAGGCGGGUAAAAUAGCCAGUGAUGUCAGCUUAAAAGAGUUGGCUGCAAAGACAAAAAAUUUCAGCGGCGCGGAAAUCGAGGGUCUGUGUCGGGCGGCCGCAUUCACGGCCAUGUACCAAUUAAUCAGUAAACAUUUACGGGAAUAUGUUUUGCUUUUGAUCGAGGAUGAGCAGCUUAGCAUGAAAGGCGAAGUGGACAUCUGCAUGACCAUGCUGCGGAAAAGCCACUGA